UCGUUUGUUUAACAAGUUUAUGUUGUACAAUUAACGAAUUUUUUAUAAAAACUCUUUGAAUAUCUUAAACUAAGUCGUCCUUGGAAUCAUCUCUUCCUUUCUGACCAUUAUGGUUAACGAUAGUCCUUCUUCGACUGGCGGCCAUUCACUAGAAUAUGAAGCCAUCAAAGAGAUUGUAAAUUCUUUGGAUGAUCCAGCUACAGCUGGUUUGAUCUUGGAAGAGCAAGCAAAAUCGUUAAAAAACAUCUUAGCUGAUCCUUCUAUACAACAUCUUAUUCAGGCUCAUUCGACAUUGGAAAAUACAACGAUAGAAAAGUCUGACCAAGACGCAAAUGUUGACCUUUUAAAGGAGGUAUGUUUGUCGUUAGAGCAAAAGAAAGAUGAAAAAGAUGUUGAAGAACUGACUACUCUUCUCUCCAAUCCACAUUUUAAAGGCUUAAUACGGAGUUAUGAUGCCAUAGUGAAGAAGACUUAUGAUGCAACUCCACCAUUAGCAUCUUCUUACUCAAGAAAUAGUGUCGCUGCAGGUGGAGAACCUAUACGAAUGGUUGGGUUGAAUAAAUCACCGAAUGAGUCUUUGGGUUUGACUUUAAAGCAAAGGGAUGGAAAUAUUGUUGUUGCAAGAAUCAUUAAAGGAAGCCAAAUUGACAAACAAGAGCUGCUGAAUGUCGGCGAUAUUAUCAAAGAAGUUAAUGGUCAAGCAGUGAAGAAUAACCUUGAAAAAGUUAUAAAAAUUUUGAAAGAAUCAAACAAGAAAAUCAUUUUGAAAGUCUCUCCCAGUUACGCGAGCAAACCGUAUCAAGGGAAAGUGUUCAUGAAAGCACUGUUCUCUUUCGAACCAAGCAAAGAUCAAGAUAUUCCAUCUAAGGAAGCUGGUUUGGCGUUUGAGAAUGGUGAUAUUUUGGAGAUACUUGACCAGGCAGACGCAACGUGGUGGCAGGCGAAGAAAGUGAAUGGUAAUGGCGAUACAGGAUUAAUUCCAAGUAAAACAUUACAAGAGAAACGGCGUACAUUCAUCAAUCCGAACAUUACGCGUAGACGAAGCUUUUUGAUGUGCAGAAGUCGAAAAAAGAGGAAGACAAUGUAUGACGUAAAGAAAACAUCAGAGUUUGACCGCCAUGAAGUCGUCUCGUAUGAAGAAGUUGAGAAGAUGCCGCCUUUUGCCAGAAAAACAUUGGUGCUUAUUGGUGCGGACGGUGUCGGAAAACGGACUCUGAAGAACAGAAUAAUAGCGAGUGAUGCAGACAGAUUUGGGACUGCAGUUCCGCAUACGUCGCGAGAGCCUAGGGAGGAUGAAGAGAACGGAAAAGGCUAUAAUUUUGUGAGUCGAGAAAAGAUGACAGAGUUAAGACGCACAAACAUGUUUCUUGAGUAUGGUGAAUACAACGGGAACAUGUACGGGACAUCUUUGGAUAGCGUGAGAUCUGUGAUAGAUCAACACAAAAUGUGUGUCUUGGAUAUACAACCAUCGGGUCUAAAAAUGCUCAAGAAUUCCGAGUUCAUGCCGUACGUCGUAUUUAUUGCAAGUCCCACUACUGAUGAACUUAUACAGCGUCAGGCACGUGCCCCGUCCAACUCAAGACAACUGACUAAUGAAGAUAUGGUGAAAAUAGUUGAUCGUUCCGAGGCCAUCAGUAGGGAUUACAAUCAAUAUUUUGAUCUUACUAUCGUGAACAAAGAUGUAAAUGAAUCCUACGAGCGACUAUUGAAGGCAGUCGAAGGCCUGAGUGUCAAUACACAAUGGGUACCUGUUAGUUGGGUAUAUUAACCUGCAAGCACCCUUAUCCAUAUCCUCUUAUAUAUAUAUCACUAUUCUCUUGCUCUGUGCCUAACUAAUUUAUGAGAGAAAUGAAAUCUGGACGAUAUUGUGUUUGCUAACGAAAUCAGCUCGAGUUUUUGGUCAUUAUGAGUUUUUGGUCAUUAU